ACCCUUCCGUUCCAUAUAUUCUGUUCUUCAUCCCCAGCAUCCAAGUCAGAGGUUCUCUUUGCUCUCGGUCCGUCAAUGGAUUUGAAUGAUCACAUUGAGAAAAUCCUUUGGACUGAGCAACAAAUUUCUGAACGAGUUUCUGAACUGGGCUCUCAAAUAACCCAAGACUUUAAAGCCGGGAAUGUAGUUCCUGUGGUUGUGGGCGUCGCCACCGGAGCAUUUCUGUUUCUAGCGGACCUUGUUAGGAAGAUUCAUCUGCCCAUUAUUGUGGAUUUCAUUCGGGUUGAGUCCUACGGGUCCGGCACUGUUUCAAGUGGUCAGCCCACGAUUUCUUUCGAGUUGAAAGUUGAUGUUCGACACAAGCACGUCAUUCUGGUUGAGGAUAUUGUAGAUACUGGGAGCACUUUGUCCUGUCUAAUUGAAUAUAUGAAAUCUAAAGGUGCAUCUUCCAUAUCCGUGUGCACACUUCUUGAUAAACCAGCACGGCGGAAGGUCCAUUUUGAACUGGUUGGUGAAGGAAAGUACUACUGUGGCUUUGAGUGCCCGGACUAUUUUGUGGUGGGCUAUGGGCUAGAUUUUGCUGAGGUUUACAGGAACUUGCCAUAUGUUGGUGUCUUGAAGCCUGAAAUGUACGAGUGAUGGUCUUCUUCAUUCCAAAUGCGAAGCAUACAGCAGACAUUACAUGGUUAGGAUCUUUCCUGUGAAGAACAAGCAACAAUGUUCUUUUGACUCAGAACAUACCAAAAUCUGAAUUAUCAUCUAUUGUUUCUCCAGAACUAGGUUGAGUUUUCGCUCUGGAGCGAUUGAUGAUUACAUUUGAUUAGAUUUAGUUUAUGCACUACAAAGGUUGGAUCUUGUAUGUAAUACAGGAAGUUCCUCGCUUGUACAACAGAAUGCAGUAGUGGCUUAUUGUUAUUUCA